GGGCGGGAAGAUGUGCGGCCAGAGGAGAUUGCAGACCAGGAACUAGCAGAAGCAAUACAGAAGUCUGUAGAGGAAGCAGAACGUCAGAAGCCUUGAUGCAUGUAGUGUGUGUUUACUGCAGCUGGAGUGGGCCACAGACCAGAGAAUAGUGACAAAGAAACUACCUCACUGGAAAUGCCCUCAUUACCAGCUUCUGAUGGGUUUAAAAAUCCAAUCCAGUCUUCAGGACUAAGUUCUAAGAUCUGUAAUCCCACAAAUCAAUUACUUGAUCGAUCUGUCUCUGCCCCUGCUUCAACUUGCUCAUCCAAAUCUAGCCUCGCAGAGCCCAUUGAUCCUAGAGCUGUCAAGUCGUUUGAGUUUUCAACUGAAUGCCAGAUCACCCCAGAAGAAGAUCGUCCUCUCAUGUUACAGCAUCUUUCCAAUAACUCUUCCUUUGCAAAUAAUGAUCACACUCUCCAGACAGAGGAGACGAAUUGUUGCAGUCCAGCUUGCCUUUCACAGAGGAUGCUUGAAGAAACAUUUCUUGCAGACAGUCUAAUGGAAUGUAACACUAUAGAACAAGGCUAUGGUGAGGAACCUCUUUUUGAAGUGACAAAAGAAAAUAGUUUGAUCGACACCACUGCUAAGCUCCGGCAAAUAAAAGAUGCAUCUCUGCCUUCAGAACAGAAGGAACCAAAACAGAAGAACGAGCUUGCCAUAGACCAUCAGAUAUGCAAAGAACCAGAGAAGUUUGAGCAUCUGGAGAAACAAACUGACAAAACUGACCCAGAAUCUCCUGGCAAUGUUGGUGGGGUUGAGAAACCUGUUGUGGAAGAAGAGGGCUGUGUAGCCAGCCAGCCAGAAAGUCCUCCUGCAAAUAUGAGAGAAGGUAGACAGGAGAAAGCAGAUUUUUCCUGUGUGAAAGGGAGUAUCCAAGUGUCAGCCUCCUGUAGUUGUGUGCAUAUGGAAGUAGAUACAGCCGAGCAUUCUGUAGCUGAAGUGCGCAUCUCAGCAAGCAAGCAGAAGUGGCAAACCAAGAAUGGAAGGGCAUCUGACCUGAACUCAGAUGCCUCUUCUAUGGAGGUGGAGUCACUGAAGUCUGCAACUUCCCUGAGUGAUCCAGUUUCCACCUCUGAUGUGUUGCAGUCUAAAAGCGCCAGUGAAAUCCCCACAAAGUGUAAUGAGUUGUCCAGUUUAACAGCUGAAAACAGUUCUUCCCCCUCUAUCAUUCAGCAACAGGACACAGAUCUGGGUAGACAUUUAGAAGAGCCGUGUUUCUCUCUAGCAUCAGCCUUGAAAGAGCUUCACAAACUCUUGAUGAUCAGUUGUAAAGGAGAAUGUAAACUCCUUGCAUCUGAAGUCUCUCAGCUGGAAAUGGUUCACAAAGAGCAAGUAGAACAGAAGGGGUUUUCUGAAGAUGAGCAGAAAGGCUCAGAUCCAGAUGGCCAGCAACAGAGUAGUUCCUCCUUUAAUGUGAGGUCUGAAGGUAGAAAAGCAGAGGGGAGCAAGCCUUGUGAUUCUGGCAUAGAAAAUGUUAGUCUUGGGUCUGUCAGUCACAUGGAAUCAGUUCUUGGAGAAGAUGCUUUAGAAACUCCAGAGUUUUCAGGUAAGAGUGAUUUGACUGUAGUGACUUCUGCAGGGACAUCUGACCAACAGCAAUGCUCUGAGCAGGCAAAGGUUUUGCCAGAAUGGUUCCAAAGUCCGACUUUGGAGCAGAACACUGUUUCCUCUCAGCCUGCUUUGGAUGAAGGUACAUCUCAAGAUACUCGGGCAUCAUUCACAGGAGCAUCUGAGAGAAACAGCAGUUCUGCUCCUAACGGCCCAUCCUCAUUGCGUGGGUGUGAGGACCCACUGCCUAGCCCACCUGCUGAGUCCACUGAACUUCCCUCGGUUGCUUCACCACCUGCUUUCCCUGCAGCUGAUGUUGAUCGAAUCCUUGGUGCUGGCUUUACCACACGAGAAGCUCUGGAGGCUUUGGAACAAGCAGACGGAAAUGCAGAUCUUGCUCUUCUCAUUUUGCUAGCCAAGAGUAUUGUUGUUCCUACAUAACUGUGGAAGAGGGGGUCUUUUAAAAGACAUAUCUAAAUUACACAUUGUAACGUACAAGCAGAAUGUUGAGUCAGAGUUUUUAAUUAUUUACAGCCAAAGUAACUUGUCUCUUCUGUUUCACUUGUUAGAUUUGGCCUUUUAAAAGAAAGAAAAUGUACUGUGUGGACGGGAUAGCUUUUAAUUAUACAUACUGGAUUAAAAUUAAUGUUUUUAUUUAAAUGCAGAAUUUUUGAAUAAGCUCCAAUGUUAUGAAUAAGAAGCAGAAGCCAUUAAGAUCACCAUCCUGUCCAGCGCAAAGCACAUUGUGAAAUGAAUUGAGUGUGUGUAUGAUUGCAGCCAGCAGCGAGAUACGACACGUGGUAUUGCAGACCACACACUGAGUCUGGUAUGGUGCAGAUGCAAAACUUUUCUAAAUGGGCUUUUUGUGUUUGUACCAGUUUUCUCUCUCCUACGCCUUGUAGCCAAAUGUCUGUGAUGCUAAUGAAACAAUUAUGGCAGCUACUAAAGGUAUGUAGGUGCCCACAGAUGUGUAAAACUUUGCAAAAGGAAUGGGAGGGUGUUGAGUGUUUUUGGAAGCGUGGGCUUGUGUUUGCACGGGGAAAGCUGAUGCCUGCUUUUGACAAACCCUUUCGUGCUCCUGCGUCAGUGUGUUUAAGUUUAUAUCAUGGGGAUAGGGGAUGGAGAGAAAAAGGGAAGGGAUAGAAUUUGAUUCCAGCAAACCUAAGAGAUGUACCAACUUACUUGAAGAUGUGCUGAUUAUCAAUUGUAGGUGGGGAGGGGAGGUGGAAAGGGGAAAAGAGUAUUUUAUCUUUUUUUUUUUUUUUCCUAGCCUUGCUCAUAUCACGUUCCCCUCUACAAAAGAACAAGCUCAGCCACUUAGGGUAAAAUCUUGAUGCUGAACUGCAUAACAAAGCAACUGCGUGUCAUGGCUUUUAAUUGCAUCUAUCCCUGGAAGAUGGAUUCUCUAUGUGCUGCAUGGGGUUGUGAUCAGCAGAAUUAAGAAAUCUGCUUUGCACUAGUUUAUCUUGAUGUUUGGGGAUGAUCAGCCUCUCACCAACUGCAGAAAGCCUGUAGUGGCUGAUGGGCUACUAAUUGAAUACCUCUUAAAGGGCGGGGGCUCCCAGGCAGGGUUUAUGGAACACACAUACUGACAUGGCGUCUGCAUUACAACCACUGUGGCCUUCCAGGAGGUCCUUGAGGUCCUUAGGGAGCUGCCUGCCUGAUUAGGACUUGCUGGGGCUGUGCUGUAGGAAGCCCUUAUCAGAUGCUUUUUUAUUCAGGUGAACUACUUUGAGGGUUUAGCAGAGCCUCAAAAUUCUGUUGGGGCUGGGGCAGGAAUGUAUGGUUGAAAUAUGAUACCAAAUUUUAAGUAGGAACUUUUACUUAAUCCCACUCGUAAAACUCUGAAGUGGCUUUGUGUGAAGCAUUCAUCAUUCUGCUUUGGAGCUUGACCUGAAGUGAUGGAUCAGCAGGGGCUGGAAACAUAAUUUGUUCAUCGCUUUCAUUUGUUGUCCCAGACCUCUCCCUGGUAUUUUGCUUUCCCUGCUCCUUAGCAGGAUUGCCUGUGUGUAUGCCAAGCUUUUUUUUCAUGUAGGGUGGCAUUUAAAAACAACAAAUUUGGUUUCAUUUAUGAGCCUGCAGAGUUGUGUGUCGGUGAGCAAUGGUUGUCAGAUUCUUCUUAGGUGCUUAGGUAGCCGAGAGAUCCGUUAUUUUCUAGAGAGCUGUAAGGCAUUCCUCUGUUGAAAGCAGCUUUUGUUUGAGUUGUGGAUGUACCAGCGAGGCUUGGUGUCCCCAGACACACUUCACUUAUAUCCCACUACUGGUGGUCUCAGCAGCAGGCAUUGCUCUGUGCUUGCGUUGGGAGCAGCAUUUGGCUCUUCGGGAACCCCUUACCUGAGCAGCAUCAAGAAUUCCCUGCAGGCUCUGUUCAGAAUGAGUUGUUAGUGAGGCAAUCACAACUUUGUGAUCUUUACACGCAGGUAGCAAGAGUUGAUCCCCGGUGAAGCUUGUUGAUACUCUUUGGAAUGAGCACCCCAAAUAAUCAAAAUCCAUUCUGUAAAGGGUAGCGCUUGGACUGCUACAGGAGUGCAGACAGUGUCAUCAGAUCUCUCUAGAAGCUUUAGGAAAUAAGAUUUCAAUAUUAGGCCCAUUCACAUCUGAUUCAUUACUGAAAGCAUCGCAGUGAGUGGAGCUCUCAGCUCCAGAGCCUCCUCACUCAAAGCAGUGUUUCUGCUUCUGAUUCAUGCCGUGGGUCUCAGUGUGAGAGCCCAUCUCUGGUACGUGUGGUCCAUGCACUGACAACCCCAGCUGCAGGUUGGCGCUCCUGGAUGCGCGAGAGCUGAACUUGCACCCUUAGCCUGUGGGUUCAUUUACUGUCAGCUCCUUGAAGCGUCAGAUGGUAGCCAUUCAAUGUUAUACCCUUUUCAUAUUUACACAUUUAUGUUUUUAGAAGCAAUUGCUAGUAGCUAGGUGAGAUACUGCUGCUUUGCACCAAACUGGUUAAAGGCUCUAGUUUUAUGGCCAUGUUUGCUUAGACUGCAUAUACAGAAUUUAUGCUAUAAAGGCUUUAGAGCAUCAGCCAACUUGCUUCAAUGCGCAGUUUUAUUCUUUGUCAAAUACAGUUUUUGAAAUCUGCCCUUCUGCCAAAGCUGUAGUGAAGCAUUUAUCAAUACUGCUAGAAUUUCUUGUGUAACUUUCUCUGAACUGCUAGAAACAAAGCCUGACCCCUCAGCUGAUGAAUACUUGUAAAACUCCUCUUUUACCAAGUUGGUCCGAGCCUGGUGAUCUGAAUCUCUUAAUUCCAGAGCCUUGCUUUGAGCGAAUGGCUGUGUGCUGCUAAAUUAGGAAAUGAUUUUGAUUUUUCAGAAGCAAGAUUUACAUCAGGGAAAAUCUGGGCAGUGGUGAGUAUCUGAGUUAAAAUAAAAUACAAGAGCGA